ACGAGCCCCCCUCCAGGAGGAAAAUCUAUGAAUCUGUUCUAUCAGCGAUUCAAUCAGGACCUUUGCCGACCUAGCUACUACUAUCAUUCCCGCAAGCAUGGCAUCUCAAGUCCAAAAGCACAAGGCACUCAUAGAGCGGCUGUACAGAAAGGACAUGGUCGGUCUCACGGUCGAACAAAUCAUGGAAUACAUGACUGUAAAUCAUGAUUUGGUUGCAAACAAAGGGGCGUAUCAGCGAACAAUUCGGAAACUGAAAGUCAGGAAGAACCGCAAAAAAGACGACUGGAAAUGGGUCGACAGGACAAGGAAGAGACGGGCCAAACAAGGCAAGCCGACGAGGUUUCUCUACAACGAUCAGAUCGUCAGCGAUGAGAGCAUCAACAAGGAAAUCUCGCGCAACGUUAGCACUAUGCAGCAAAUCACCACCGCAACAACACCAAGGACACCAGAGGGAUGGGCGGUAGUGACUCCCGCUGUAUCAAUGACUGCUGUGUCGAUGACUGCUGUAUCGACGACUGCUGAGUCGACGGCUGCUGCAUCAAACACCGCUUCAUCGGAAACUGCCACGUCACGGGAACGGGAAACUUUGCACUGUGCGGCAUCGCGAGGGCAUUUCAAAGUUGUCAAAGAAAUGAUUGACCGGGGCGCUAGGAUCAACUCGAUCUCUGACGAAGGGCAGACCGCACUUGAUUUGACUUCUGACCCACAUAUUCGUGAGUUCUUGCUUUUUCAUGGAGCACGGGCGGCUCAGAGCAUGGAAAACGGACUUCGCCUCAUCGACGAGGGGAAUAUUUUUGAGGGGGGUUCUUCCACCGAUGAAGUCGAUUCUGACUCGGAUGUUGCCACGGACUGCGAUGACCAGGAAGGUUUGCACGCAUCACCCCACGACGAAGAGAACUUCGAAGACGUGCCACAUUCAGCGUCUGCAUUCGGUAGCCAACAUAAUUCCCGAAGUGCCAUCAGGGAGGUCCCGGAAACCAGCUUUCCCUCUUUGUCGUUGCAGAAUAAUACCCAGGCCGCAAAUCCGCCCACAGUUCAUGGCCUUCUUCCUGGAAUCACGGAAUCGUUAUUUCCAAACAGCCAGGAUAUGGGCCUUGUUGUCAGUCCCGCUGCCGAUUUCGUCAGCGAAUCUCCUCAUUCCUGGCAGAUGUCAUUUCCCAAGACAUCAUUUCCCAAGACACCGGUGCUAGAUGAUGCAUCUCAAGACUCGUGGACUACUCCUCAGAUGCCUCGUCCCAAAUGGUGAAGCACAUGAAUGGCUUCAUAGAGUUUUUAAAUUCCGACGUUCUGGAAUUAGGAUUCUUGUUUGGUUCAUCUUAUCUUCUCGGGUUAGCAAUGGCAUUUAGAUA